AUGGCAACGACUCGUCGGAACGGUCAGUUGUGGUCCUGUGAGCCAUGUCGCAAAUCAAAACUGCGUUGUGAUCAUGCAAGCCCGGUUUGUGGCCGCUGCAUACGGCGCGAUAGGAAACAUCUCUGCGUCUAUCAUCCAUCGCCUCUCACAAGGCUCACACAGGCAACAACAGCCCGCGAUAAUCCUUUAUCACUCCCACCACGGGCACCGAAAACCCGUGAGAAUGGUAGACCCCCCCUUACGCGGGCAAUAAACUCCCGCGAGAAACCUCGUGAGAAGUCGACACCAGUCCCACCGCCAAUAGAGUCAACGGAGCUCAGCACCAUAUUAGACGACUGGUGCCAAAAGCAACCCACCGUACAGACACCGGGAUUCCUUGGCCACACUAGCUACAAUGAUGCGUUCAGAGAUAGCGAUAGUGGAUUGGAGCUUGGAAGCUUAUCACCGUCUCCAGAAACGUUUGCAAUGAAUAUAGAGAAUGUCCAGCGCGGGGCAAGAGCGUUGGCCUUGUUGAAACAUCUUCCUCUAUACCGAGAAAUGUUGCUUGCCCGGUAUAAGGUCUGGGAAGGCUGGACCAUUGGUCGUCCGAUAACACUUAUGAUUUUGGGCCAGACUGAAGAAAUGUGGAGCUCUGUCCAAUGCGAUGAAGCGGAUGAAACAAAACAGACGUUGUUGCUGUCCAAGAGACUAUUCGAGAAGCAGACGCAACCCAUUGAUAUUCAUUCAGAGACGAGAUGGACAGAAUUUGUGUCUUCUGUUACGGGACGUUGGGAAACAUUAGGUUUGCUGUUUACUCUAAUCGGUCUGGCAGCUGACAGCACCCCUCGUGAUUCAGGUGGUCACCGAGCGUGGCGCAAGUUAGGUGAUUUGGCCACCACUCUGUUUGCAUUCGGACUUCAUCAGCAGUCGACAAAUCUGCCAUUCUUCCUUAAAGAGAUACGCCAGCGAACAAUGAUCGCAGCAUAUGCCGUGGACAAGUCGGGCGCAACAUUCCUUGGUCGACCGCCACUCAUCAGUCGGCAAUAUUGUGACCUUCCGAUGCCGUUGGACCUUAGUUGGGAUGAAGUACUUGCCGAACCAGCCGCACGUGAAGCAGCCAUUGCAAAUCUGACCGUUGAUGGCUGGAAUAAAGAAGCUAGUUUUCAGAAAGGCGCGAUGGGUCGCAUUUGUCUUUUGGCGAGUAUCUUUCGUGAAAAGGCACUGGAGUUUUCGCUUGGUCGCGUCACAGAAGACCUACCUGCGCGGGUUGAGUAA